AUGAUAAAGAGAACAUUAGCAUGGCCCCUGCGCAAGGAUGACAUGCACAAAUCGAGAAAUGGCCCAAAUUUUUAUUUGAAGGGCAAAACUAGUCAAGUUAGUAAUGUAGUGACUGCCCCAUAA